GCGCUGCUACUGCGCGUGCGCACACCAGCCGGGCGCCUAACGCCGACAAUGGCCGAGCUUGGUGAGGCGGACGAAGCGGAGUUACAACGCCUGGUGGCGGCCGAGCAGCAGAAGGCGCAGUUCACCGCGCAGGUGCAUCACUUCAUGGAACUAUGUUGGGAUAAAUGUGUGGAGAAGCCAGGAAAUCGACUAGACUCGCGCACCGAGAACUGCCUCUCUAGCUGUGUGGAUCGCUUCAUCGACACUACUCUUGCAAUCACGGGUCGCUUUGCCCAGAUCGUACAGAAAGGAGGGCAGUAGGCCAUACCUCAGAGUGACAGAAGACCAAAAGACUUGUUAGUACACAGAUUGAAUGGACAGUGGAGAAAGAACUGUCAACGUCAGGUUAGCAUCAGUUACCAAGUCUGUUGAUACUAAAUAGUAGCAGAUCAAAUGUUCAGGUGAAAUUUUAUUUAUUGGAAUUAAGUAAUUCCAGGUUGUAUCACACCAGUUAAUAAAUGUAAAGUCUCCAA